UGAUUCAGAGAACCGGGCGGCACACCUCUAGGUGUAUUUAUGACUUAAACUCACGAGUCUUUCUAUUUAACCAUCUUUCGAUCUUAUUUUUCCUUACCUAGGAACAAUUAGAACCCGUUUUGCCAACGUAGUCCGUAGUCCGUAUUUUAUACCCAGUCCGCAGUCCAUAGUCCGCAGUCCCCCUUUUAUACCUAGUCCGUGUUUUAUACCCAGUCCGCAGUCUGUAGUCCGCAGCCCGCAGUCCAUGUUUUAUACUGACCGUGUUUUUUUCACUGAUUCUUCAAUUGACUGCAUGGCUCGCAUCGCUGGCUCGUAUUUUAUAGACACUCAGUGCGUUACACCAAAAUAGGAAUGCUGUCUCGUUGAAAAACGUCUCUCCCCUUUAUUUUCAGCAGCUUCACCAUUUCAAGUAUUAAAAGAUGUGUUUAUGUGCACGUAUGCUAGCUUUCGAGUGAAAAGAAAGAGCUUUUAUAAAAAAGUGAAUUCCAGAGGUUUUUGUUGAUUUCCGGCGGCCAUAUUGGUGGACCAAACUGUCCACCGAUAUGGCGCCUCCAUAUAAAGCUCCACAAAGGUUCGUGAAACGUUUCGGCAAAUAACUCAAAAACUGUGGUUCACAAAGACCUGAGACUUGGAAAAAUUGUUUAUAUAUUACUCUUUUAUAACAUCUCAUUUUCUUGGCUUCUUUCACAGGACGGUUUCUAAUUUUUUGUGUGUGCCGUGUCUAUUGCGUGACAGUGUAAACGAAUUGUGUCAGUGAUACUUUUUUACGUCUUUUUUUCUUUUAAGUCGCAUGAGUAGUUCGCGUAACUCCAAACGAUCAACCGACCCUCGUUUUUCUAAAUCAACUAUUCUUUCACUUCUUGAUAACAAGUGACCUCAGGCUAGAGCGACUGGAGUGAAGAGAACGUGGCGUGGCUUGUCCAAUAUUGCUGCCCGCCUUACCAGUUUAAACGUCGAAUUUCACAUGUGCCGAACUGAAUUCCUAUUUUAGUCGACUAAAAUAGUUAAAUACGGCAUUUGAUUCAAACGUCGAAUUUAACUCUCUGAACUCUGUCGAAUUUAACUCUGUUCGCUGUCAGUAUUCCCAUAUGAAUUAUAAUAAUUUACUAAAACUCGGCGGCACAUGUGAAAUGCGACGUUUGAAUCAAAAGCUGAGUCGAACCAAAGUCGAAUCUUCGACUGUAUCAGUCGCAGAAAAGGCGAAAGUCGCCGGUGGAAUUUAAAUUGAUUCAAAUGUCGCAUUAAUACCAGUGGGGGUUUAUCAGGGUCAAAAUUCAGUUUUCCUGUUCUGUCAAAUGUUGUUGUGCUAUUUUGAUGUUUUGUUAUGAUGCUUUCUCAUUCUGCUUUAACAUUCUAUCGUUCUGUUGUUCUGGCCUAAUGUGCAGUUAUGCGAUUCUGUUGUGCUAUUUUGUUGUUUUGUCUAUCGUUCUGUUAUGAAUUAAAUUCCGUCGUUCUGUUAUUCUGGCUAUUCUCUCUCGUUCCUGCCUGAUGUUCAGUUAUGCGGUUCUGUUGUGCUGGUAGGCUAUUUUGCUUCGAUUUGUUGAAUUGUCAGCUGAAUUGUUAUGCUGUUUUGUCACUCUCUUUUACCAUAGUUUAUCGUUGUGUUUUGCUGACCCAUUCUAAACGCGAGAACUAGUUACCAGUCUGUGUUAACCGACUGAAUACGAGCUAAAAAAACUAAUGAAAGAUUAAUUACAUUUACGUUGCAAGAUUUUUCCUUUUCCUCGCCUUUUUCUUGGACUUUUAAGAUGUUGCAUUUCACCGCCGUGUCGAUCUCGUCGACACGUUCUAUUUACACAAUUCAAGUACAGACCAAAUUUCGGUCCCCCAUUUGUCUCACCAGUACCCGUUCCUGCCCGGUUUAUUAUUUAAAACUUAUAGUAUACAUAUCUUAAGUCACAUCAAGAAUUGUAGUAAUAAUCGAGAAUUUAUUUAAUGUAAUCGGUAGUAGUAGUACAUGAACUUAGAUAUUUUAUACACGAGGUCGAACGAGAUGGCUAUAUUCUCUUAACCUGAGAUGAUUAUCACGAGUCAAGUAUCGCAUUCAUUGAUUGACACGGUAUAUGGCAGGUAGCUCUACUGCCUUACUUUUGACGUCGUUAAAACAUUUCAGGUGGGUAGAAAACGACCUAACCGAAGACCUGCUCAAAACACCUAUCUUGACCUGAAAUGUUGACGUCAUUCCCACUAUCUCAACGCAGGGAGCCAAGAGCAUGGGCUCCAGCAGGAACAUUGCAGCUAUGACCACUGUUGAUUCCAAUCCCAAGUCCAGCCCCGGGUUAUUCAUACCUUGGAUAGCAGUAUGCAGCGUAUAAGUUUUUUGGAAACCGAUUGCAAUAUCCACUGGAUACCGCUAUCCACCUUUUUAACUUCUGGGGCGAGCUCAUUUUUAUUUUUCUUUUCUUAUUUCUUCACCCAUUCCUAUACCUGUUCUUAUUCCGGUUCCGGUUCCGGUUCCGGUUCCGGUUCCUAUUCCCUAUUCCGGUUCCUCCUCUUCCAGACGCCCGACCUGUCAAGUCAACUUCAUCACAUAGACUGGUAACUAGUUCUCAGUUUUCGCGCGUUUUGGAUGGGUCGCGAGAGACAGGAUGGUAAAAGAGCAAAACAGAAUAGCAUAACAGAACGAUAAAAUGGUAAACGAGAGUGACAAAACAGCAUAACGAUUCAACAAAUCGAAACAAAAUAGCCUAACAGCACAGCAGAACCGUAUAACUGAGAGAGAAAGAGAGAAUGGCCGGAAUAACAUAACGACGGAAUGGCAUAACAAAGCGAUAGAAUGUUAAAACAGAAUGACAAAACAACAUAAUCAUCGCACAACAGCACAACAGAAUCGCACAACUGCACUUUCCACCCGAAUAACAGAACGAUAGAGUGUUAAAACAGAAUGACAGAACAACAUAACAAAACAACAAAAUAGCAGAACAGCGUCGCAUAAUAACUGCACAUUAGGCCAGAACAACAGAAUGUUAAAACAAAAUAGCACAACAGAACAGGAAAACUGAAUUUUGACCCUAUUAACCCCCAAUACUCGCACUUCACAUGCAUUUAACUCUCGCAUUAAGUUCGGCACAUGUGAAAUUCGACGUUUGAAGCGGACCUAACUAUGCUUUUCAUGAUCAUGGUUAUUUCAGUCAUAUUUUAUAUAACUGUGGUAACACUACACACUUUUUAUACACCCAAAACGCAGUUCCUGCGGUAAAUUCAUCUCGGGUUUCAUAUUUUACUUAGGUAAAGAGUUCUGGAAACUAGGUCAAACUGCUAAAAUCUCCGUAAUUAAGGACGAGUCAACGAGCACAUGCAGUUGGCGGCAGACGACAACAUUUCUCCAAAGUGAAUUUCUAAGUUACCUAGGGAAAAUUCGCUCACAAAAAAUUAGGUUUCCCUUACUAAACUGUCGGCAAGUCGAAUUUACUGAGGUGAAAGGUCUGUAGGGUGACCAAAGCUAUUAGCUAUUUUGUAGCUAAUAUAUUGCUUACUUUUGUUUUACAACAGAUUUAAUUGCGGUAAUACAGUAUCUAGAACUUUGCCACUGGGCGAUUUAUAAAGACUGCAGAUUGCGAACUAGUCAUUGCAAUCUCAAUUCUUUCCUGCCAAUAGACAGCAAACUGCAAAGCAACUGGCACUAUUCAUUUCAUUAAAAAUUAUAACUAAAUUAAGUUUAUCACUUCGCACUAGUGCGUGAAUUAGAACUAUCACCAUCGCAUGCGCCGGUGCCGGAUUGGACAAAACUUAGACAAUUAACUUUAAUACAAGAGUGACGGCAAAAAUACAGGUUUGUUUUUCCUCUAGUUGUGGAUCUUAUAAAUGUUGCCCAGGUACAAAUAUUGCAAGUCACUACCGAUUAAGGGUGUGGCUUUCCUAUAGUAACAACAAAUUAUUCAUUGCCCUUGACUUGGCACAGAUUCAGUAAUGUAUUUGUAGCGGGAUGAGGUGUAGGAUUUUGGCCUAUUCUUGUGAGAACCUGGCGCACUAGAGUAUACAGUAUGUAAGAUUGCAAAAGUGUCAGUAGAUAAAAAAAGAAAAGGAUAUAACAAUCGGCAAACAGGGUGAGACAUUUCUUGCAUAGAGCAAUUAGGAAAUCCUGCGAUACAUUGCUACACGAAAUUGGUGAUACGUUCCGCUCCUAGCUGCACACCAGUGUGCUGCCUAGCAACACCGUAACUGUAAUGAGACAGCCCUUUCUUUCGGAAUGUGCAUCAAAUGUCUUACUGGUAGGCCAGUGCAUGGCAUUAAAAUAUGCAACAUAACCAAGCAAGCUUUGAUAAGAAGGUGGUAUCCUUUAAGUACUUCGAUAAAAAAAUCUAUUACAGAAUUGUAAAUUAAACUAGAUUUUUUUUUCAGAGAACUCACUAUCAACAUCCACGCUGUCAAAAAAUGAGAGAAAGUUUGAAGUACUGGUGGCCACAGAUUCGGGGGGAUGGAACACAACUACAAAUAGAGUUCUGACAAGUCACUUGGCCAAGAAUAAGAAACUCCACGUCAGAGCCUUUAUCUCUAAAAACCACCCUAGACGGAUGGAGCUCGCAGAAAAUAUUGAACUUCUUGAAGAUCAAAUCUUUCCUGGAGAUUCACCAAUAGAGCUGCUGGAUUAUCCUUCUGAACGACUUCAAAAUAUUGACUUUUUGUUAAUGCAUUGUUAUUCCCGCGAAUUAGAAGAACAAGCAGAAGAAAUUUGUAAAGCGACGAACUGUAAGUGGAUUCCUAUUGUGCACAGGGACUGGGGAAAAUUUGUGAAAUUCUUUGAGGAAGCUGGUGUCUCUUUGGCUGGACGUGAUCCUGACCAUAACGCCGAAGGUCAAAGGCAGAUUGAAAUGUGUAAAAGGGCUGAUCUUGUCGUGACAAUUGGUCCCACAGUAGCUGAACCUUUCAAGGAUCUUCAACCAUAUGUGGUAAGCAUUACACCUGGAAUUUUUUCGGAAUUGAGAAAUGUUCGGCAAGUCCAUCAAGAUCGAAAAACAUUUAACGUCUUGAUCAGUGCAGCCUAUCCAUAUUUGUCUCCAUAUUUCUACGCUAGAGGAUGUGACAUUGCUGUAAAAUCUAUCCUGUCAUUACAAGAAGAGGAAGGAGGGCAGACAUCAUAUCAUCUAACCUUUGUUAUGAAGUCAAGUCACAGUGUUUCGGGCCUGGAACAGACUCUGGUUCGUGAAGGCAUGGAGGCUAACCAGUUCACAGUGAAGUCAGUUCGCGACGAUUCACCUGAAAAUUUAGCUGAAUUUAUCACCGAUGCCGAUGUUCUCAUUUUACCAUCAAGGGUAGAAGGAUUUGGAAUGGGUGGCAUUUAUGCCAUUUCUGCAGACCUUCCCGUUCUCGUGAGUGGACAUUCUGGUGUUGGCACAGCUCUGAAGAAACUACCAUCCGGUGGUAUCCAUGUCGUGGACUCAGAUGACCCCAAGAUCUGGGGACAAAAGAUAAAAGAAGUCAGAACAAUUGGCCAAGAAAUCGCCUACAAAAGGGCAAUUCAACUUCGAAAAGAAUACGAAGAGGAGUAUGGCUGGGAUGAUCAAUGCACCAAACUGGUGGAGAAAAUGAUGAUGAAAAAC